AUGGUAAGGAAGAUGAGUGACACGUGUUCUUUGGGGGUAAUUCUAUUAACCAAUGUUGAAGGUAAGGAAGAUAGGCAGGUUGCAGGGAGAGUUAUUGUAGUGAUUUGGAUGUUGUGGAAUAAUAGAAAUAAUUUCAUUUGGAAUAACGAAAGAGAUGGUUAUGUGCAUUUAGGUACUCAAGCUUUUCAUACUUGGCAAGAUUGGUUUGGAGCCCAAGAGGAUUAUAUCUCUAAUAGUAUCAGUAAUCAACACCAAACAGAUUGGAAUCCAUCAAGUAAUGGGUGGUUGAAGUGUAAUAUGGAUGUCGGGUUCAACCGUCAAAGGAAAACGACUAAUAGGGGUUGGUGUGUUAGAGACUGUCACAAUAACUUUGUCUUUGUAGGUAUAACAUGGGACUACGGGCUCUACUCAACCGUAGAAGCAGAAGCCAUGGCCUUUAAUGUGAAAAUAAUGUGGAACUUUAUAAGUAUUUCAAUGUGA